CCGACGCAGCGCCGUGGGCGACGCGCUCCGCCCUCGCCAUCAUCGCCGCCAGCAGCGGCAGCAUUGCUUGUUGCCCGAAGCGGCCAGUGGCUUCAGACAGCUCCCACCUUCCCACACGGCCCGCCCGCACUCGCUUGCUCUCCAGCAGACGGCGUGAACGCUCUCAACACCAGCCGCAGGCCCCCAAGCCGUUGGCCGCCAGCGUUGCUGCAAUCUCACCGCGACCACUGCAGCACGCCUCGCACGCUGUCGUUCGAAUCGCUGCGCCGCCGUGCAGUCGACCUGCACGCUGCCAGCCCACACGCCUCUCGACGUCCACCACCACUCCUAGCCGGCCUUGGUCCGGCGUCCGCUCGUUACCACCACCUGCCCACUCGUUCAGACCUUCUGCGAAGUCGUCCGCUCCCUCGCCAGCCCAUCCGUCGUCUGCUGCGCGGGCGACCUCCCCUCCAGCGCGCGUGCCAGCAGCAUAGCAGGUCUUUUGCCGCGGAACAUAUCACUCGGAUUCUGGAAACCCGCCAACGAUCCCGCCUGACUCGAAUGCAACCACGUCCUGAGCCUCCGCGCUGUAGGCGGUGGUAGCGUCGUGCUGGGAUAGCACAGGUGCUGGUCCACGGAGGCCUGAAUGGCGGAGGCCAUGGCUCCUCCGGCGAAGCGACGGAAGCUCUCCAGCUCCAGCUCAGAGACCAUGCACAGGAACAACAGCACUGCUCCAGAUGCAACAUUACCACCAUCAUAUUAUUCCUCCGAGUCCGUGCAGCAGCCAUGUACUUCCCCGGAUCUUCCUCGGGUUCAAGACCAUCCAGUGCCUACCGAAGAUGUCAUCCAUCAUGACAUGAAGAGGGCUGCAGUCGACGAGGGCGACCUCGCACCUGUAUAUCCUCGUCAGGACACCAAUGAAGUGCCCAAUGGCCUUCCAACGCCUGUCGUUUCUCUCAGCAUACAGAUCUUUACGGACGCCUUUACUACCUUGACCUAUACCCCGCCAGCGCUGCCGUCCCUUCCCACUCUGCCCACGCUACCCAGCGUACCGGGAGCUACGACAUUUACCAAUGUCCCGUCGAGCAGUUCGUUACCAAGCCCUUACCCAAGUCCGAACAGCAACUUAUCAACGUCCGCACCAGUAGGCCUGAAUUCUUCCACCAGCGCUAGCCCUAUCCUUACUACCUCAGCUGUAAUGGUAAUCGGCAACAAUGCCACGGCGACUUCUAAGACGACAAUUACCGUCACCAGAUCAUCAACCAGUACCUUGUUCUACGCAACACUCGAUGGCGGCGAGGUAUCAACCAUCACGCGGUCGAGAGCGCCAUUCACGACAACACUGGCAGGCGAGGUGUUCACUGUACCAGGGUACUCCGACUCCCAAUCACGAAUCCAGACCUCCCAAGACUCAACCACAGCUACGGCAACCGGAAAUGUUUCAGGUGCCGGAGGCGCACAAACUUACGGGACGCCUGCAACGACAGCCCCGACAUCCACAAGCACAAACGACAGUGGCGGAGGUGGCAGCAGCACGCCGCCUGCUGGCACGAUAGCAGGAGGCGUGGUCGGCGGCGCCGCUGGCCUGGCGGUGAUUGUCCUCAUCGCUAUGCUGUUCUUUCGAUGGUAUCGAAGGAAGGUUCAGACGGGUCAUCAAGCUUUAUCGCAUGGUCCCACCGGCGGACACGAUGAACAGAGUCGGAGCGGACCUGGCAUGGCUGAACGAGCUGGUAUCAUUCCGUUUGCUGCUGCCGUGCCAAGUCUAUUUCGCCAUCAAAACCAGGAUCCGGAUUCCGAGCAGCACGAGCGUGGCUUUACACGUAUCUCAGGCCGCAAGUUACCCUCGCAGUGGAGCGAAGGCAUGAUCAGCGCACAUCCGCCAAACAUGCCACCAGAUCCCAUGUCAUCAGGAGCGGAAGGCGGAAGACAUCUGACCGGAUCAUCAUUUUACAGACACAGUGGAGGUCUUUCCGACGGUAGUGGAGAGUUGUCACCUAGCAAUGCUUCACCUGAAAGCAUGGAACGAGGACAUUUACGCACCAGCGACCCAGGUACCAUGAUGAUGUCGCCGGGCCCUGAACGACAGCCACAAGUCCACUACGGCAGCGCACAAAACUUUUCACGGCCUGGCCAGGCGAGCACGUUAUCCGUCUCUCCGCCAGGUGCGUCAGCUAGUGUUCUCCGACGCAGCGAGACCCCAUCUUCGAUUAUCGAGCCCAAUCGUAGCAGUCGCUUCACCGAGGACAUGUGACUAGAGCGGUUCUACUCGAUCUAUGGCGAACCAGGAACGGGUGGAACCGCAAGAAACUCUGGGACGAGUAGUUGCUACAGUCCUAUAAGCUGAUGACGAGACCAUGAGCAAAAGGAAAACAGAGGCUGUCUGUAUAUUGGGGGACUCAAAAAAGCAUUCUUCCAGCGAGCGGAGCGCGUCGAGGCAGUUCACACUACUGCUUUACAUCUUUAGUCGCCGCAUCACGAAUCAUGGUCAGCGGUGGCAUUUUCGACGCUUUUUCUCAACGCGCAUACCAUGUGUUGGACACAUUUGGAGUACAUGAUGAUGUUAUGUAAAGAAAGGAAGAUGAAGAAGAGGAGGUAAACAUGGCUCCGGGGGACGCUCGAACGAAGAUGUAGAAAGAGAGAGCCCGCCAGCCUAGUUAAUGUUUAUGUAUAGUGGUGUUGAAGCCUUGUCUACGGACUUGUAGCUUCCGAAACAACAGUGCACAGAUCUGAGUCUCCAUUCAAAACUCACACUUUGUUCUCCGAAAGCUGUGGCCUGUUGCUAGUAUUCUCUUGAGCAUUCCGUGCUCGCGACAUGUGAGAUUUACAUGUCACAUUGAAGAGGAGCAGGCGCUGCCCACAAGUGCAUCGGAUGCUGGUCGACUCA